AUGGAGAUUCAGGAAGCACAAACACACCCGCCGAAGUCGCAACGCUCUGAUGCUGCUACAGCCGCAGCAAAGCCCGCCGCUAAGCCCGAAAAGGGACAGCAUAAGGCGAGGCGCGCUGGACAGAAUGCUGGUGCUUCCGCGGGCUUAGCAACCCCGUCGAGCACAAACAGCAGCAGCAUCGGCUCCUUCGGUCCUCUUGCCGACGGAGAUGAGAGCCAUGCGGACAACGACAGCAGUGAUGCUGAGUCUGCUCACGACGAUAACAUCGGGAGUCGAACCGACGACGACGUCCACACCGGCAACGGUGAUGGACGCGCGUGGGGGGAAGUCGAUGACGACGACGUAGACGGACAUGACUACGACGACGGCCUCGCGCAGGAUAUCCUGCGGGACCGCGCGAAAGCACCCCGUCAACCGGGCGCGUCGCUCCUGUCGAGCGGCAGCCCACUCGAGUCAGUUCUGGUCGCUGAGGUCCAGAAAGCAGCGAAGGCCGGGGAGGAGCCCCCAGCCUGGGUCAUCAAGAUGCUCAUGCCAGGCGCCGGCCACCAGAACGACAUAGAGAAGGUGAACCCGAGAUCGCUUGCCCAGGAUCUAGCAGCAGAAAAUAGUUCUAGCAGGCGCACCCCAAGUGUUCCGCAAAUUUCUUCUGCUCAUCAGAACACAACAAUAUCACACAAUACCCCGGACAACCUCAACGCGGUAAACCAAACACCAAUGAGCCAGCACGACACGAUUCACUUUGAAGGCUACCGACCUUCCGCCUGACCUCAAGCUCGAAGGUCUGCCUCACGAAGAUGUUCCGGAAAAAAUGGCCCUUUACAGAGCACACAUCGGGCUAUUGUCCGCCGACAACGUCUCUCAAAGCACAAUCGAUCACCGUGCAAUCAGACACCUCCCACUUUUCGUACGAGGUACUGCAGCUCAAAGCCUCAGCUUCAUGCUUAGCUCAUCACUCGAAUGGCGACCACCAGCCCAGCUGCAUGGGUUGCGUGCGCGUGGGGAGGCAAUCCGAAUCUCACCUCCGAAAACAUGGAAAGAGUGGGUCACCGCUUUCACUACUUCGUUCGCCCCUGCCAACAGAAUCGCUCUUCUUGCACGU